AUUUUCUUAUCAUUAGCUCAUUUCCAUCAAUCAAUCAAAACCUACUAACUACCUCUUACAUGCCUCAUGCUCCGUGCAACCGUAUGCUGUAGAUCGUCCGCAAACGCUUUCCGCUCAUUCUCGACAUCUCUGGUCACAAGAGCAGCUACGCUCGACUUGUCAUAUCCUUCUCAUGGUCACCCAACACCCUACGAAAUAUUUCACCUUCCUCGCACGGCAACCCAAGAUGAAAUAAAAGAGAGAUAUUAUGAGCUGGUCCGCCUCCAUCAUCCUGACUCGCCUGUCUGCCGACAUGAACCGGAUAAUGUUCGCCAAGAACGCUUCAAGGCCAUCGCGAAAGCGUACGAAAUUUUGAAGAGCAACCGUAACCCUGCUUAUCUAAAAGAGCUUCAUCGGCGGCAGACACAGCAUGGGUACCCGAAUUACAACCCCACAAGACGGCAGCAAUAUGCCUACCAUUCUCUCGAGGAGGGUUCAAUGGACGUAGGGAACGGCGACGUGUUCUUUGUUGUAACAAUAUUGGCCAUCCUUGGGUCAGUUGUACUCAUCUAUUCUCCCUUUUCUGCCAAAGAACGAUUGGACGCACAUCACGCCUCAGCAUCACACGCACUGGCCGAGGCGAGAAGAGAGGCAAAGGAGUUGAGUGUGCAUCGUAGAAAAAAUCUUAGGAAGUGGAUUGAAGAAGCCGGGUUAGAGGGCGUAACACCCAAUGUAGGGCACGGUUCCGCACGCCGGCAGACUCCAUCAUCCAACAACUGAACGUGUAACUUGUCAGUUUGUACUUUUACAACGGCCAUUCGAUUGCCUGGCACGUUUGGUGUCCAUUAUUCGGAAGCUUGCGGGAUGCCGACAAUGCCAAGACCUUAGGACGUAUGUAAUAAUAUCUCGACAUUGUGU